AAUUUGUAACUAGAAAUCCUCGUUCCUCCUUUUAUGUACACCUUGAGCAUGGUUUAUUUAGCACAUGCUACAUGAGUUUAGCAGCUUGCAAGAUAGGCUGGCUGAAGGGUUGUCGACCAGUCAUUUGUCUUGAUGGAACUUUCAUAAAGACAAAGUAUGGUGGUCAGUUACUCACUGCUAUUGGCGUUGAUGGCAAUGAUGCCAUCUAUCCAAUUGCAGUGGCAGUGGUGGAGACAGAGUGCUACAGUUCAUGGACCUGGUUCCUUGCUACGCUAAAGCAAGAUCUAAACAUAGUCAACACAUCUCCAAUUACCAUCAUGAGUGAUAAGCAAAAGGGCCUUAUCAAAGGUGUGCAAGAACAAUUUCCUGAUGCUGAGCAUAGGUUUUGUGUGCGUCAUUUGUAUCAGAACAUCCACCAGGUCCACAAGGGUGAAACAGUAAGGCAACAACUAUGGGCUUGUGCCAAAUCCACAAUAGUAGCAUCAUUUGAGAGGAACAUGGCAAACCUAAAGGAAGACAAUCCCGGAGCACAUGCAUUUGUCGAGGAGAUGGCUCCAAAUACAUGGUGUAGAGAAUUCUUCAGUGAUUUCCCUAAGUGUGACAAUCUCCUAAACAAUACAUGCGAGGUGUUCAACAGAUACAUCUUAUAUGCAAGGGAGCUCCCCGUGAUGUCCAUGUUUGAGAAAAUUAGAUCACAAAUUCAGCACAGGCAAUACACGAAGAGGAAGGAAUCACUUGAGAAAUGGACAGGCAAUAUUACUCCAAAAAUUAGAGACAAGUUGAGGAAAAAUACCGAAUUUUCAAGAGAUGUUGAAGUGUCACCAGCUAGUGGAGGAGUAUUUGGAGUGGAGUCACAUGGAAGGGAUUAUGUGGUAGAGCUUAACAUGAGAGCUUGCUCUUGCAGAAGAUGGCAACUUACAGGUAUCCCAUGUAGCCAUGCAAUUGCUUGCAUGAGGCAUGAUAGAAUAAAGCCUGAAAGCAUGGUUUCAAGCUGCUACACUCUACCAACAUACAUGCUAGCAUAUGGUGGGCAAAUCUUUCCUCUUAGAGAUAAGGAUGAGUGGGCACCUGUAGAUGCAACUCCUAUCUUGCCUCCUCUUUAUGAAAAAAGUGUUGGAAGGAGGAAGAAAAAUAGAAGGAAGCAACCAGAAGAGAGUGAAGAUGGCACUAGACUGAGCAAGCAUGGUGUUACAAUGCACUGCGGAUAUUGCAAAGUAGCAAGCCAUAACAGAGGCGGUUGCGGUGAGCUAAAAUCUGCAAUAAUAAGGGAAAAUGAUGUCGCUCUUGGCAAUAAUAAGGAGGAGGAGCUGCAACAACAAGAGCAUGCACAAGAUCAACAAUCAGUGCAACAAGAAGAGCAAGCUGCAGCACAUAUAGUACCACAGAGUAGCAAAAUAAAAGGAAAAGCUCCACCCGGUCAAGCUCAUGAGAAAGGAAAAAAUACAAGCUCAAGAGGAAGGAAAAGAACACAAAGUAACAAGAUGAAGGAGCAUGUUGAGCAUCUUUUGCAGAUAGCUAAGAGGAAAAAAUCAAAACAGAUUCUAGAUGAAAAUGGUGAUAUUGACUUCCCUGUGAUUAGAACUCACAUUCAUAAACAAGAAAGGGCAGAUCUACAUCUGAAAGAUUCCAUGGUUGACAUUCUAUCACGUGAGGGGCCUGCACAAGCAAUGCCUGUAAUUGUAGAGGAAAUGCCAGAGGAAAGUUACUUUGUUGCAGAACAUAGAGCCAAUAUACCUUCAAGAAGAGGUCCACUUGUCAACACAUCUGGGAGAGCACUAGGAUCAAGAGGAACUAGAGGGGCAAGAGGAGCAAGAGGAGCAAAAGCAGUUUAAGUUAUCUCUAUAUGGCAGUUUAAUUGUGAUGGCAAUGUCUUAAUACUGCUCACUU